AUGAGGAAAUUAUUUCUUAUUUCGUUGGCAUUGCCAUUGGCAGGCGUUUGCUUUGCGCGGGAGCCCGAGUGUUCGAGGUUUCAUUACGAGGAAAAGCUGUUAGAAAAAGUGAUCAGAUCAGAAAUUAAGAUGGACGCGUUUGAUGAAUCAUUGAAGAAGACAACGGACUAUGUGCAAGAAAAUAUUCAGACGAUUUCAGGUCUAACAAACAAAAUGCAAGAGCUGCAGAGUCAAAUAGAAUCACUUAAAUCAGUUGAGGUCAUGAGCAGUGGAAUAUACACACGGUGGGGUCGGCGGUCAUGCCCUGGAACCACGAUACUGGUGUACGAAGGCUUUGCUGGUGGCGGACAUUACAAUGAUAAAGGAGCGAGCAGUAAUUACAUUUGUCUGCCAAAGGAUCCAAUCUUUGAUGGCGAUGGACGAAAAGGGGGUUCGGCAAGCACGGUUUAUGGUGCUGAGUAUGAAACAAAUGGUGCAACGUUUCACAAGAGUUUACAUGACGAUGACGUUCCAUGUGCCGUCUGCCGCGUUGUUGGAAGAAGCCUUGUCAUGAUUCCAGCGAGGAAUGCCUGUUAUAGCGGAUGGCAUACGGAGUACUCUGGUCAUUUGAUGUCUUCUAAUCACGGCCAUGAAGCGAACAAGGAACUCGUUUGCAUGGACGGAAACCUUGAAAUGGCGGAUGGAAGUGAUGCUGGCGACCAGAAUGGUGCUUUGUUUUACUUUGUUCAAGCUGUCUGUGGCUCGUUAAAAUGUCCUCCCUAUAGCCCGAACAAGGCGUUAACAUGUGUGGUGUGUUCUAAAUAG